AGCAAAACAUCUGGUCUUUCGAAGUAGUCAAUAAUCGUGCAAACUCUUCGAGGAAAAUGUCCGCAACGACUGCUGCGGCACUUGCCCACACCCGGCGAGUCUGCUCGUUGUACAAAAAGUCUCUACGCAACCUGGAAUCGUGGUAUGACCGAAGACACAUUUUCCGCUACCAGGCUACCCUGAUGCGUGCACGCUUCGAUCAGCACAAAAGCGAGAAGGACCCGGCAAAGGUAGCUCAGCUGGUAGCUGACGGGGAGAAGGAAUUAUUCGAAAAACAGCACUACCAACCGAAGAAGUUCCCGAUGUCUCCGGGUGGUGUGGCAUUCGAGCGCGAAGUGAUUCCCCCAGAUUGGGUCCUCGACUACUGGCACCCGCUGGAAAAGGCGCAGUUCCCCGAUUACUUUGCGCGCCGCGAAAAGCGCAAGGAGGAGUACGUUGCGUGGUGGGAGAAGCAGUACGGGAAAUCAUCCGCCAGCGAUGCCUCCCAUCAUUAAAUCGAACGCCUCGGGGCCGUCUAAUCAGAAGGAAUGUAUUUGUAAAAAUCGAGUUAGCUUGUCACGGUGUAGAGAAACGAACGGUGGAAACACGGUAAUUGAAAGUUAAAA